CAACCCAUCACUUUUUCGGCACGAAUCCGUUCGGCCGACCGCCGAACUUGGUGGCGCCGCGUCAACUGACCUUGGAACGACCUGUCAGAGCCGGAGUUUGGGCCGGGGUUGCGAUUUCUGGCCCGGGGGGCCCGCUCGGAGACACUGCGUUUGGGGGAGUCCAUUUUGCUGGCUGGUGCUGCUGCAUGGAAUGAACCGACCCGUGCGCCCCCCUCCGUCCUCCUGCUGGCAAUAGGCAGCAAGCAGCAGCAGAGUGCGAGCGAGCCAUGUUCCUAUCACCUGCUGUCACAGUGGAAAUUUCAGUUCGGGUGCAGCGAUUGCCAGUGUUUUUCAAUUAUUUCACCUGGUCUCACUCCAAUUUCACAUAGAGCUCGAUCAGAUUCCCAGAUGUAAUUUGCGAUGAAACGACGUGCUGACGAGCUUUUAGUAGGAGUGAAGUCAGAGCCCAGCAGCGUCGUUCCGCCAGCAGCAGCUUCCGCCCUCGGCCCUGGCGUCUGCCCACCUGGGGUAAGAGGUCCCUCAGGGCUAGGUGCAGUUCCUCCACCACACACGGUGGUGUUGAGUAGACAGUCGCCAGCCCCCCAGCAAAUUACUCCCCAGCUGCAGCAACACUUGCUCUCAAUUCCCGCCAGCUCCCAGUGUGUGCUCACCACCAACUCAAUCGCAGGCCCACCAGGACCCACUGUAGUCCAAGCUUACAGGACCAGUUCGCCAGUCAUAAGCAAGAGCGACGCCGCGCCACCCACAAUGCCAGGCAGCAUCCAGUUCCCAGUGCAGAAUUACCCCAACCCUGUGCCUUCUGCUGCGCCAAAGGGUUCUGCUGCGGCUGGCGCUCCAGCCCCCGUAGCUGGUAGCUCCGCAGUCAUAUCUCGUAAUCUCGGGGCUAGCCGACCGCCCAACAAAGUUCCGAGGCCCAGUAUGUCGCGCCCCCUUCCUCCCUCUAGAAGUGGCUCAAUCGAUGGGGCUUCUCCUCAGGUUCCAGUCAUGCCUCCAACGCAGCCCAGCAGCAACCUUUCUUCAGCUCAGCAGAGCCAGCAGCAAUUUCAGCGCCUCAAAGUCGAGGAUGCUCUCUCGUACCUGGAUCAGGUCAAGUUCAAAUUCGGCACUCAGCCGCAAGUGUACAACGAUUUUCUGGACAUAAUGAAGGAGUUCAAGUCACAGAGCAUUGACACUCCCGGUGUGAUCGCAAGAGUUUCAAACCUCUUCAAGGGUCACCCUGAGUUGAUAGUUGGUUUCAACACGUUCCUUCCUCCUGGGUACAAAAUAGAAGUGCAAGCAAACGACCAGGGCUAUGCAUUUCAGGUGUCUGUGAGCAUGCCGAGUCCAACAAACACAAACAGCGUGGGCACCAUAACGCAGCACCACACGCUGCCUAUAUCAACGUCGACAACCACCCAGGUGAUUACCACAACCAUCGUGCCAAUCGCCUCCACUACCACGCCGACAUCAGUUGUCACUCAGCAACCAGCAACACCCCCAGCACCAAGUGUUCCAUCUAAGCCUCUCACCGUGGCAAGCAGUGCACCUAUUGGGUUAGCUGCAGUUCACCAUGCCGCCACCUCUCUCCAUGGCUAUUCUACAGGAAUGCCUCCCUCGAGCUCCCCUCACCACCCCCAAAGUGGCUCUCAGCCACCUUCGAUACCACUGAACUCGGCACCUGCUGUAGGAGGUGGACCCUCAUUAUUGGGCCACGCAGGUGCCAUGCUGGCAGAAACUAUGCAGCCAACGCCGCAGAGCCAGCCUGUUGACUUCUCGCAUGCAAUUAACUAUGUUAACAAAAUCAAACAUCGAUUCCAAGGCCAGCCAGACAAGUACAAAAGUUUUCUGGACAUCCUUCAUGCAUAUCAGAAGGAGCAACGCAAUGUAAAGGAGGGCUUAGCCACUCCUGGGAAGCACCUGACCGAGGCUGAAGUAUAUGCCCAAGUGGCAAAGCUGUUUGAAAAUCAAGAAGAUUUGGUUCAAGAAUUUGGCCAAUUCCUACCCGACGCAACAAGUCACCAAGCAGCACUGAUGGGAGCAUUGCAGGGCAGUAAAGGGCUCAGCAAUGACCAUUCAUCAAACAAAAAGCCAUUGGGCUUGAAGCCAAGUUUCAAUAAUGCAAAUGCUGGGCUGUCCAAUCUGAGUAUGGGCUCGAGUGCCAUGAGCGCCAGCAGCAAGUUUGGUCAAGUGAAGAGAUCCUCUCCAUUCUCUUCAUCAGGCCAGCCAAUGAAGAAGGCUAAAGUGUCUGCUUGUCUUCGGGACGUAACUCUAGCUGAGGCAGGAAAACUAGGCAACUUGACCGAUUAUGCCUUUUUUGAUAAGGUCCGGAAGGCACUAAAGAACCCGGAAAUUUAUGAAAAUUUCCUACGUUGCUUGGUUCUGUUUAACCAAGAAAUUGUUUCUGGUACCGAGCUUGUACAACUUGUUACUCCGUUCCUCAGCCGUUUCCCAGAGCUUUUAAAGUGGUUUAAAGAGUUCCUUGGCCACAAUGAAACGAUGGUUGGGAGUUCAACAUACCAGAGCUUGCAUUGCUCCUCUGUUGAUUCCACAAAUAGCUCAAAUCGUCAGGACAGAGCAACAGGAGAACUUGCCAUGGAAAUAGAUUAUUCUACGUGCAAACGCUUGGGCGCUAGCUACUGUGCUCUUCCAAAGAAUUAUGCUCACAGCAAGUGCUCUGGCCGCACUGCUCUCUGCAAGGAAGUCCUCAACGACACAUGGGUAUCUUUCCCAACAUGGUCUUCAGAGGACUCAACCUUUGUUACUUCUCGCAAGACCCAGUUUGAGGAGUCCAUCUACCGUUGUGAAGAUGAGCGCUUUGAGCUGGACGUGGUUCUGGAAACCAACGCAGCAACAAUCAGAGUGUUGGAGGGGGUGUUUAAGAAGAUGACUCGCAUGCAACCUGAUGAAGUGGCAAAGUUCCACCUAGACGAUUGUCUCGGGGGAACAUCAGCCACCAUCCACCAACGCGCCAUCCGCAGGAUUUAUGGAGACAAGGCGCCAGACAUAAUCAUGGGUUUGAAAAAGAAUCCAAGUGCAGCAGUACCUGUCGUGUUGAGGCGGCUCAAAGCCAAGGAGGAGGAGUGGCGUGAGGCGCAAAAAGGCUUCAAUAAAAUUUGGAGAGACCAAAAUGAAAAAUACUAUUUAAAAUCGCUGGACCACCAAGGCAUCAACUUCAAGCAAAAUGAUCUAAAGACCUUGCGCUCCAAGGCCCUUUUCAACGAGAUUGAGACUUUGUACGACGAGAGACAUGAACAGGCUGAAGAUGGCAAUAAUGAGCAAGUCACUGGGCCACACAUGGUGCUUCGCUACAGGGACAAGACUAUUCUUGAUGACGCUGCCAAUUUGCUCAUACACCACGUCAAACGCCAAACUGGCAUCCACAAGGAUGACAAGCAGACAAUCAAGCAGCUGCUGAAGCAAUUCCUUCCCGAUAUAUUCUUCCAUCAUAGGCAAGAGUUAAGUGAUGACGAACGUGAUGAUGAUGCGUCAGAUAAAGAGGAUUCUGAGGGCUCUCCAAGCAACAAGAAGGUCAGGGUCGACAAAAAAGAACCAGAAAAGAAGAACGGCAAUGGAGACAAUGCCAAAAUAGAAGUCAAGGAGAAGCCUAGUACAACAACCAAUAGCUCAGAAGAAGUCAAGGUUAAAGAAGAUUUGGCCACUCCAGCCCAUGCUAUCUCUGCUGAGCCGGAUGAGCAUUACUCACUGUUCAUGACCUGUAACACCUGGUACUGCUUUUUGCGGCUACACCAAAUCUUAUGUGAGCGGCUUACUCGCAUGUAUGAGUGUGCGCAAAAGUUAGUGGCCGAAGAAGCCUUUAAUAAAAGUGACAGGAAGGAGUCUACAGCAAUUGCCUUGAGGCUGAAGCCAAAGAUGGUGCAUAUUACAGGUGACAUUGAUGUGGAAGACUACUAUCCUGCAUUCCUCGACAUGGUUAAGAAUGUCCUUGACGGCAACAUGGACACCAAUGCUUUUGAAGACACCCUGAGAGAGAUGUUUGGCAUCCAUGCCUACAUUGCAUUCACCUUGGACAAGGUCGUUGCAAAUGCUGUGAGACAGCUGCAACAGUUAGUGGUGGAUGACAGUUCUCAGGAGUGUCUUGAUAUGUUCAACGACGAGAAAAAGAAAGGUGCGACGGGUGGUUUGUGUUCUAAGGCAGCUCAGAAUGCAAUUUUGGAAAUGGCAUAUCAAAAAAGAGCAGAACAAGCUCUUUCAGAAGAGAACUGCUAUAAAAUUUACAUAUAUAAGAAAGAUUGUCGGAUGACAAUAGAACUCCUCGAUACCGACGGAGAGGAACAGGAGGCACCAGCGGAAGCAGAAAAACGAGAGGAAUACGCUGACAAAUACGUUGGGGAAAUGGACAGCAUUCCAGAAGAAAUUAAGGAGAGACUGUCUCGAAAGCCAGUCUUCUUGCCAAGAUGUGUAAGAAAUUACAUGGAUAGGAGCAAACAGUUCCAGAACCAGGAGAGAAGCAGCACCGCUGUGAGCACCAGUGGUAACAACUCGCCGUCCAGUUCUAAUGAGCCAAAGGAAGCUGAGGCAAAGAGUGAUGAAGAAAAGAAGAAAGAGGGAGGAAAAGUUCGGGCUGAUUCACCGCAAUCGGGCAGCAUUGAUAGCAACGAAUGCAGAUUUAAUCUCAAUAAUUAUGCAAGGAUAUUUUUUAUGGACAAAGAUGCUCUUCUCGUAAAAAAGAAUGCCCUCCUAAAUGCAAGAGAGGCUCAUCCUAAAGUCACAAAAAAGCUUUUGAAGAAAUUCCGGAGCUGGCAUGAGAAGUGGGCGAGUGCGCAUGUCAGCGAGGACCAGCAGAAGUCUACAAAGGAUUGGCUAAUGGGCCUCGGGGAGAACAUGGUGCAAAACCGGACACGCGUCCUCACAGACAACGAUUUGUCAAAGACACCUUAUAUCCCCUACAAUAGGUACCGAGUGGAGUUGGAGUCUGUGGUCUCUGCCGUACCUGCGGCUGCCCCUGCAACGGCAACAACCACCACUAACGGACCACCACCCUCUCCAUAAAAAGAACUAGUAGUUGUGCUCAAGCAUUUAAAACACUGCACAAGCAGAUCUCCUGUGUAUAGUGUAAUUGUGUGUACAUUUGUAUUUUUAUACCUCAAAUCGUUGAGCAUUUGCAUGCACACCAAAGCAAGGACUUAUUUUGGAAAGAAAAACAUAUUUGGUUUUGUAUCCACAAGAUGCAUGCAAGUUCUCAGGAAACGAGAGGACUUCUCAAAGUAAGAGAUGUAAAUAAGAAAUUAAGAUGGAAAGAAUUGAAAAAAAAUGACAAGCAAUUUUACAAAGAAUUAAAAAUCUUAAAAAUUA